AACAAAGCAGCAUUAAUGCAAAUAAAAGCAUUUAAGCAUGCAAAGAGAGUCAUGCAGCCCAGUUUAGUGGUUAACAAUAUCCUGAAAAGAAGAUCGCAAAGCAAUAAUUUUGUUCCAGACUCUACAAAAUCCAUGCAGCCCUUACUGGAAGUUCCAAGUACAAAAAGAUCAUCUUCCAAAGCCAAUAAAACUUUCAUCCAUCAGGAUGCAUAUAAAUUACUUGUCGGCUCAUGGAAUGUUGGAGGCAUCACACCACCAGAACAACUGAACAUAGAUGAGUGGCUUGACACACAAAAUCACAUGGUUGACAUCUACGUUCUUGGGUUUCAAGAAAUUGUGCCUCUGAAUGCUAGAAAUGUCCUGGGUUCUAGAAACAGCAGAAUUUCCCUACAGUGGAAUUCUCUGAUUGGGGCAGCACUCAACAAGACAGCAUACAAGCUGGAAAGAGCAGAACAAGCAGAAGCCGGAGAACCCCAAAAAGUUUAUCCUCUGAAGGAACAUAAGUCUGUUGAUGCCAAGGAGUCACAGCACUUCCAGUGUAUCAUCAGCAAGCAAAUGGUUGGAAUAUAUAUAACUGUGUGGAUAAGGACUGAUCUCUGUCACUAUAUCAGGCAUCCAAGUGUUUCAUGUGUCGGCAGUGGCAUAAUGGGCUGUCUUGGAAAUAAGGGCUCAGUGUCGGUUAGAUUUUGCUUGCAUGAAACAAGCUUUUGCUUUGUGUGUAGUCAUUUAGCUUCGGGAGGAAAAGAAGGCAAUGAGAAACAUAGAAAUGCAGAUGCUGCAGAAAUACUUUUGAGGACAAAGUUUCCCCUUGGUCCCUUGCAUAAUUUGCCAAGCAAAAUUCUAGAUCACGAUCAAGUUGUCUGGUUUGGUGACCUGAAUUACAGAAUCUACCUGCCUGAGGCCACUACAAGAUCCCUAGUUGAGAAAAGGCAAUGGAGCACUUUACUAGAUAACGAUCAGCUCAAGGCUGAGUUGAACGAAGGUCAUGUAUUUGAGGGUUGGCAAGAAGAGGCAAUAGAGUUUGCACCUACAUACAAAUACAACCCAAAUUCAGAUGACUAUUAUGAUAGCAAUCAAAACAGAAAAGGAAAAAGGAUGCGCAGCCCUGCAUGGUGUGAUCGGAUAAUUUGGUUCGGCAAAGGAUUGAAGCAAAACCAGUACAGUAGAGGAGAAUCUAGAUUGUCUGACCACAGACCAGUCCGAGCAAUUUUCACAGCACAGGUCAUGGCUUAUGACAUUUAGAAAGAUUCUUGUCAAAUUGAACAUUUGACUAAAUCUUAAUGCAUACAUGGACACAAAAUCAUCAUAUGACAGCACGCCAAGCUUUCAAAUGAAAGAGAAAACUUAGUUGACCUUAAUGCAAAUUGUAUGGCAUGACAAGACCAAGGCUCAGCCAGUGGGAGUUUACAAAGAUAAAGGUGGUCCCUCCACCUUCUUUCUUAACCCCUCUUUGUGUGUCCAUGAUACAGGCCCCAGGAUGAGAAGCAGAAGAGUGGUGUGGUAAGUUUACUUGCCAAGCAGCUUUAACAAAAAAUGAAAUGCUAUUUUACUAGAGUUUUCAUACCGAAAUAAUGUCAUAGUGACAUUUUAAAAAUAUAACAGAUUUUAGAGGGUUAUUUAGUUGAAGCCUUCAACAUCUUUCUGCUUAAACAAUUUCUAUACAAUUUUCCUAGUUGUGUAGCACCAAUCAUUUUGAUUAGGUUGCCUUAUUCUAAUGACAGUUCUCUCUUUAUC